AUGAAAGAUUUGACGGUCAUAGUGCUGAUUCUUUGUUCAAGCUUGUCUUCGAUUGGAAAAGUCACGUCUCGAAAAACUCUAUACGCAAAUGACAAACUUGUAGACGGCCUCGAAGAAGAAGCCAAUGAUUUUCCCGAUGGAGCCGUCUUUGAGGAAUCCUCUGGAGGUUAGAUGCUAAAAUUUGCUAUGUGACGUAAAUUUGUUUAAGAUUUAAAUCUGUCAAAGAUUUAGAGUUUCAUUAUGCAGGACACGUCUGAGAGUUCAAAAAUGAUAUAUUUGAAUGCUACUGCAUGAACUAUACUCUCCACUGUUAAUAACAAUCCACAGCCACAUCAACUGAUUAGGAAAAUCGAUGUGAGUAAUGAGCGAUUUAAGUUGCAAUUUUGUGAAAGAUUCUUUUCUCUGAUAUCCAAAUAUGGGUGCACUGAAUAUAAAGGUACUCAGCCAUGAUUUUUUUUUAAAUGACUUCAGUUCGAAUAUUAGAUAGCAUAACAUCACAUGUGAUUUUAUUCUCUGUGCAAGCGCUUUAUGUCCCUUCUUGAAUGAAAAAUAAUACAUGAAAGAGUUGAAACUAUAAGUUCGCAAUAUUAUGACAAAUAAGACUUAAACUCCAAAUGUUAAUGAUGGCAGUUGAUAAUGUUCCCGUGAUCUUGUUGCGCAUUCUCCAGAUAGACGUUAAACAGGUUUAGAGUUGCGUUGACCGCAAACGGAAAACGUCAGAUUCAAGUUGAGAAUUUCUCAAAAUAGAAAAUAAGCAGGUAAAAACACUUCAAAACAAUUUUUCUUGAUAACCCUGGCAUAAAAUUAUUAAUUUUUGUGUGAAAGUGACGAACAGAAAACGAGAAAAACGGGAACAAUGUUUCACGUGGUACAAAUUGCCUUUUGCUGUAAGCGUGAUUCUAAAUCUCUCUUUUGUUUUGUUGGAGUCCGGAAUACAACUCAAGGAUUCCGGAAUUUAAGUUCCACUGUCCGGCAAAGAAUCCGAGAUCUAGUAUCUAAAAUCCAGAAUCCAUGGAAUGGAAUCCAGAAUCCAAGACUGUGUUGGAUUUCUUCUGUAUGUUAGCGACGUCGGGUUCCUUUUUAUGGAUUUAAACUUGGUGCGACAGCAAUAGAUUUCUUUUUAUUUUGCAGUCAGUCCAUGUACCAGCAUUCCCUGCAAGAACGGAGGGAGCUGUCUCGUAUCUGUAGGCGAUAGCUUCUCAUGCAAAUGUGCAGCAGGAUUUAAAGGACAUACUUGCGAGGAAGGUCAGUAAAAAUAUACUGGGUGGUUCGAGUGAUCCAAUUUUUAAAAUCCCGAGUAUACGAUUACAAACAGACCUAGACGACUCAAAAAAUGAUUUUCUGUGACCUUUCAAUCCCUAAGAAUACCAAAAUGUGAGUCACCUUUUAUGAGAAUUUGAUAUUUUGUUUUAUAUAAACAGAGGAUCUCUUAAGAUACAACUGUAUGGUUACCGUCGCGGGCGCGCUGACGCGUACUUCCUAUUAAUGCUGCAGUAAUCAGGGCUGUUGAUAACCAAUCAGGUUAUCGGAUAUAUUUUUUUAUAGGUAUGAUUAGACAGGAACUCACCAUUUUUAGCAGCAUCUUAGUUAGAGCGCCAAAGGCAUUUUGUAUUUUACUGAUAUUGUUUAGUGUUUUUUGACACUGCUAUUUAAUUCAACUAGCAAAUGCAGACCGUUAAAGUACGCAGCGUUGAAAACGAGGUUAUUUUUCGUUAUCUCGCAACAAAAAUAAACAAAAUUUCUCAAGACUGCACCUGGAGCUGAUAUUACAGAGUUUCCUUUCAUCAUCAAGCAUGAUAUCGCGCUCUGGGGGUGGAAAUACUCAACAAAGUCACGUAUUUAGGAGGCUCCGCCCUGAGGUCCAACCCUUCACCCUUUUAUACACCAUUUUUGACAGAAAAAGCUGGUUCCCCUUUCGCAUACGUUUACUGAAAAAAAUAUCCCUUUCACAUACCUACAACGUUUAUUACAACUUUUCAUUCUUUUUAACUGCUACAAAUGCACUGAUUUAAAAUAUGAAUACAUCACAAAACCAGAACAAGUUUCCUCGACUUUUCAGACCGAUUAGAUUUCAUUGAAGGGUGAAACUUUGGGUGGUUUCUUGGUGUUGCGGACACCAAUGACGUAAUACAAAAGAUUGAAAAGACACUGAACAAUACCCACACCACAACACAAAAGCUAACAAACAAUAGUUUCCGCAACACCAAGAAACACCCAAACUUUGAAGACAGUAAAUAAGAAUUUUGUGUGAUGGGAACCUACAGGGAGUAUGAAUUGAACAAUUAAACAAAGAAAAUAGCACUUAGGUUUGGGUUUAGAAACCUUUAGCAAGCGCACUCUACUUAGGAAUCAGACUUAGGAUAUUAGAUAUUUGAAGCAGAAAAGUACAUAAAAAUACAACCCAUAGUGGCUCUAAUUAAUGCUAAAAAUAUGGACCGCGCUUCUUGUGCAAAUCGUUUCGCAUUAGAUUGUGAGUUUAAGUUGAGGCUUUCUUCACACAUUCAGUAAGGUAGGAAAAAUUAUAAGGGCGCCAAAAAGUAGAAACGCCGUCCUACUCUCACCAAGGCUGAAGUGUUGUCCGUUGACGCGGGGUAUUGGCGCAACAUAACUCUAUUGCCUCAAAGAGUUGAAGAACAACAUUGGGCACAUAGAAAGUCGAUAAUUUUUGAAAAUAUAUCUACGCAGAUAUCGACGAAUGUGCUGUACGGAAUGGUGGAUGCUCUCACGACUGUGAAAACACACCUGGCAGUUACGAGUGCGUAUGCCCAGAUGCAGAGCUCUCAUUGGCUGAGGACAAUCAUACUUGUGAAGGUAAAGCGACGCAGCUAAGAUCUGCGUCAACUCGCGCAUGAGUGUAAAGGUUAUGAUAUGCCAAUUCGGAGUUUUAUAAAAGCCUUCUUCUUUAAGACAAGGCCGUAGGAAGUUUUUGAUUUCAAAAUGUUUUUGGUUUUCGCAUGCAAACAAAACUGAAUUUCUAAAAUAUUAAUGAGUUCCUACACUUGGCCUCAUUUAAGGGGAAAAGAGUUUUUAGGUUUCCUCUUUGGAAGGAACAUGAUGCAAAUAUACCCUGAGUACAAUACUGAGUAUUAAAGAUUUAAGAAGGUCAUCGAUGUAAUGUUUUUUCGGUAACACCCUCCAUAGCUUACGAUUUUAAAGAUCGUCAUAACGGAGCUUGCCGAUUAACAAUUUUCCUUAGUUUUCUCCUUUUUCUUCUAUCUCUAUUUAUCUCGAGGGAGCUCUCAAUAUAAACUGUAGUGCCAUUGCUUUCAUCAUUUUUCCAGCUUUCAUAACCAGUGAUAUAUUUUUUACUCUACUAAUAUAUGGUUUUUUGUUGUUGUUGUUUUUUACAGCAAAGGGAGUCAUUGUCAACUGCCUUCAAAACAAAAUGUCCAUCACCAUCCCUAAAACCAUACUCAAAGGAAUGGACCGAGAGCAUAUUCGACUCCUGAAACCGAAAUGCGGAGCAACCGAAACUUCCUCGCACUUCAUUUUAAGAACACCGCUGACUGGAUGCGGUACCACUCGCAGACACACGAAGUCUGCCGUUGUAUACAGCAACAAAGUGUUGGAAAUUCCGCUGAAAAGCUCAGACAUCGUAACACGCAUUCGAGAGAUUGAGAUUCCUUUUAGUUGCUAUUAUUCCAAUUCGAGAACAGCCACCGCCGUUGGAAUGAGGCCGGAAAAUCGAAAGCUGGUUUUCUCAGAAAUAGGAAAAGGGAACUUCACGGUUGUACUGGAACUGUACCAUAGCAAUAGGUAUGCAAUUGAUUUUGAAUUUUGAAAAUGCUCCGUAGAAGAUAGACCACGCCAUAUCAUCAAUCAAUCAGCUACUAAAAUGACUGCAAUUUAGAGUUUUGCAUGCUGAAAUUCAUUGCACACACGCACACACACACCCACACACUCUAUGGAUUUACUUGUUCUUAGAAUCAGGGCUCAGAAAAUGCCAUUAAAACAAAAUAAUCCUAAUUACAGUAAUAAGUUCCAGUUUUUUUGUUGUUUCCUGGGAUUCACUGGUUGCAUUGAAAAAGACCACGGCAACACUAGUCGUUUCGACUGCUCAUAAUUUCAGCCUUUACUCUUCAAUUAAAUCAUAUAUGAUCUGGAUUUUAUGUUUACGCAUGGCAAAUACUCUCUGAACGUUAAUGAUCGAGUCGAAGUCUCUUGACAAUGGCUUAGUGUUAAAGUUUUUUUAAUGGCAUCGAAUUCUACAAGCAGCCUAUCAAAACUUAACCACCCAUGAAAAUUCUCUUAGUAAGGUAUUUGUUAACAUUUAUUCUCAUUUUUCAAAGCAAUGAAAACUAUUCUUUUGUUACCUCUGUCAUGUACCUAAAUAUUCAGGCUGUAAUUCUGUGUUACACGUUUGUGUGUGUGUGUGUGUGUUUUAUAGAUAUCUCACAGCGUACACUCAAGAAGACUUCCCUCUUCAAUUAAAGCUCCGACAAAAUGUGAAUUUGGAAGCGAAAGUUGAAAGCAAAGACAAACGACUUUCAGUGUUGCCCGACACGUGCUACGCUACACCAACAUCCAGCCAAAAUGACGCAAAGAGAGUUUUAAUAUUGAAAAAUGGGUAAGGAUCCUUAUAAUUCGUAUGAAGUGUGCAAGAAGAAUAACUGUUUUUGGAUUUGCAUUGACAUGUUCGGUAAAGAAAAUUCGACAGGCUAAAGUCGUCCAUAAUUAAUCUUUAAAAAAAAAAAAAUGAGGCGAAUAGAUAGCUACUGUAGCUUUCGUCCUAGCUAUUUUGAAAAAAGAAAAGCCCAAAAAGUGUGUUAGUGAAUGUACUAAGUAUAGUCUUGCUAAAAGUCGACCUCUCUUAUUCUUGAAGACGAGCGAAGCGUGCUUCAAUGAGGAGCGAGCGAUGAAGUAGCGAGGUGAUUGUUUCGACUGAAUGAAUUUGAAUCGCAUAAAUUCUCGCGGGAAGAAUAGGGAGCUUAAGCAACAGCGUUUUUGAGUGGCGGACGUCAACAGGAAGUGGACUUUUUGCAUCAUUGAGCAGUGGUUUGGUUCAAACUCUCGAGUAAAUCGUCUUUAAAAGAGAAAAGAAACUUAGCCACACAAAUUUAGUUGCUUCCGGUUGACGUGCGUCGCCCAAAAAACAUCUCUGCUUAAGCUCCCUAAUGAUUGACAUGUUCUGUGUCUGGACUCUGGAGUGGCGUCAAAUAUUGUUCACUCUCCUAUUGGUUAAUUGUCAUGACGUCACUGUGGAAUUUUUAAAACUUUUAAGAAAGUCUAACUAAAGCACCAACUAUGUUCUCUUUUUCAGCUGCCCUGUGGAUGACACCUUGAAAUUCUACCGUUCCCCCACAGGAACGUAUCGUUUUGGUUUAGAAGCCUUCGAGUUUGUUGAUCAGCCUUUUGUCUUCAUUCACUGUCACGUGAUCAUCUGUAAUGCAUCCAAUCCCCAGUCAAGAUGUGUCCGUGGAUGUGAAAAGAAAGCGCGGCUUCGACGCGAAGUCGAACAUUACAAUCUGUUCUCUUUGGCUCAGGGACCAAUCACCCUGGAUCAUGACAUCGAACUGGAUCAGAAACACGUGGAGAAAUUCUCAGCCAAUUAUAUGGACUCUGUUGGUAAGAGAGAAGUACAGCUUGAGAAUUUGAACAUUCUGAAAAAAGGAGUACAUUUACUUGACGUUUAGGACUCUUGAGAUACCUCAUUAAUUAGCAUUGGGUAAUUUUCAGACGUUGUGGCAAUUGGCCGUUUGCACGAUGGCGCCAUUUUACUACUACGACCAGAAUACUUUUCCUUUUUUCUUUCAUAUUUAAAUUUGGAAAUCCCAGUGAGAUUUAAAUAACAAAAGCCCUAAUUUGCACAAGAAAGCAAAACCCUGAAGGAUUCUGGUCUUAGCAGUAAAAUGACGUCAUCGUACAAAUGGCCUAUUUAAAGCCUUUCUAACUUUCAUGACUUCAAGCAAGACAGUGAGGUACUAUGACGGCCUAUAAGGAGAGGCUUGCCCGACAGGGUACCUUUUUCAGGCUUCACGUGUACAGCUAUUUUCGAGCAAGGUUGUCGGAAAAAAAUUUGCACGCAACAAUUCCGAAAAGUAAUAUGGGAUAUGAUCAAUUUACUGUUCCUAAGUAGCUGUCGAACCUACUUUUGUUGCUUUCCUUUAGCACUCGCAAACAUAUGUCCGUGGCCUCCCGUGCCAUUCUUUCAAAUUUCUUUGAAGAACAGUACACUUAAAACCAUCCACAAUACCUUUCGGGGUUGUCGCGUGCACUUUUUCCAACACCUUUUUCGAAAUGGCUAUAUAAAAGGAUAGGGCAAACUGAUAGCGUGUUACUUUCUGUUAAGUUUGCCUUUUAAAAUUGUGAGGAUUUCGUGAGCUGAAGCACGUGAAAAGGUAGGAAAAUUUGUUAUUUGGGUGUUUUACGGGGCCUUUGACUUAUUUCGAACCGACCCACCGUUAGGCUGUAUCAUUUUAAUUUUUUAUUGUUAAACGGUACUUAAAAUGACAAGAAGACUUGCUAGAACUGUUAGCAUGUAAAAACGGACACCAUUUUUUGAUGUUAACUGUACGAAAUGUGUAUCAUUUCAUUUUGUACCUCUGGAGCGGACCCUAACCUUCCCCCACCCCAUCCCUGGAAGUAACGCCAUUGGUAAUCUGCUUUGAAUAGCUGGAACUGAAGAAUACAUCUAAAACAUUAUCAAAUAUACAUUAUUUACACAUUUUACAGCCGCCUAAAGUCAGAAUCCUCUUCCAUUAUAAUUUUCUGAUUCAUCUCUUCUCUGUUUUGCUGACAGGGAUGGACUCCUCUCUACUUGCAGCAAUGGCCGUCAUCACGGUAGUGACCAUAUUUGGUGCGGCGAUCGUGAUUGUGAAAAAAAGAUCUACUCAUGCUGGUUAUUUUGGAAUAAAGGAAUGA